UAGAGUUCGAGUGAGCGACCGGUAGAUCUGGGCCGUACAUGUAGAUAGCGACUGACUUCUCAAUCAGGUUGAUUCCGUAACCGGCGAAACCUUGGUCAGGAAAUUUGGAGAUCAUAACUUAUGUAAGCGUUAAAAAGAAACAAAGAAAGAGUCCUGCCCACUUUUCACAAGCAAAGUCUUUCUCAUAUGGAAGAGGACAUCACUGCCAACAUACAUGUAUUAAGUACAUGUAGACUUUGUUUCCUUAUCAUACAUGUAGGAACAGAAUUCUAAAGGUAUUUUUAUUGGAGCAGAAGUUUAUUAAGGAACACUUGGCAUGAGCACUGCAGGGAUGGAUGCAGAGGCUGACCAUCUUCCAUGUAACAGGACAGCAAUACCUGCCCAAUCAGGUCAAAGCUGUCUGAACGAAGAUGUAUCCAGCACAGUGAACAACGAGUGUAUGGUGUGCUCGGACAAGGCUACAGGUUUGCACUACUCUGUCACCACCUGCGAGGGUUGCAAGGGAUUUUUCAAGCGGACUGUGCAGAAGCAGUUGAAGUAUGCCUGUCGGGGUGUGGGCCAACUGGGGGGUUGCACCAUCACAAAAGAAAGCCGCAACAAUUGUCAACACUGCAGAUACAAAAAAUGUCUUAGUGUUGGCAUGAAUGUGGCUGCUGUCAGGGAGGACAGGGCUCCUGGUGGAAGGCCUCAUGCUAAGAAGCUUAGGUCAGAUCAACAGCAGCUAGAUCAAGAUCCUCAGACGCACGGCCAGCCUACAGAGAGAGAUCCUAGUGAGGAGCUGUUUGAUGCUCCUGCAACCUCAUCAGGGACAGAUCAGGACAUUGGACAAGAUGACUCCUUCACUGAAGAGAAAGCCGGUGAUAUGAUCCAGCUUCUGGAAGAACUGAAAGCCUCCAGACCAGACAUAAUACCAGUUAAAGGUAAUGAAGUCAACCAUGAUAAGCCCAUUAAUACUAUGAUGCAGUGUGGCUACCAAGAACUCCAACUUAUCAUCAGAUGGGCCAAGAAAGUACCCGGAUUCACCAAUCUCUGCAUUGGGGAUCAAAUGUGCCUUUUGAAAAGCUCCUUCCUGGAACUUAACAUUCUUCGACUUGCCUACAGGUCAAUGGCAACUUAUGCCGACAAGAUCUUACACUUUGCUGAGGGUGUGGUACUAACUGAAGAGGAGACAGUCAAGUUGGGUUGGGAUUCUGAGCUAGUCCAGUCCACCUGUACCUUUGCAAAGCGUCUGUCUGAGAUAAAAUUGGAUUAUUCUGACUUCUGCUUACUCAAUGCAUUAAUACUGUCAUUUCCUGAUGCAGCAGGGCUUACAGACAAAGAGUCAGUGACACGCCUCCAAGCUCGCUUUAUGGACUGCUUCUACUUUUAUUGUCAGACUAAACACCCCCAGGACACCAAACACUAUGGCAAAAUGUUACUUCGCCUGCAAGCCUUGCGGGCACUGAGUGCUAAGGCUGCCAGUUGUUUCUUUGAUCUGAUUGAUAGUGGCUCACUGGCAAAAGAUGAUCUUGCUCAAGAGAUGUUUGAAGAUGGCUUCACAUCACUGUAAGUGUAGCUUGUUGGUCCGUACUUUUCAGUGUUGGUCAAAAUAUUCAACAACAUGUCCUACUGAAGUCGCAUUGUACUAAAUGUCCUGUUGAGGAUUAACUUACUGCAGGAUUAUUGACAUUGUACUAACAACUGUAGAAAAGAGUGUCCUUUUUUUCUUUGAAAGAAUUUCAAGCCUACAUGUACAUUGUUGAUAUAACACUAAGGAAAUGAAGUGUACCCUGUGACUUUGUUCCUCGUUGAUAUUGUCUUAAGUUCUGGAUGUAGGCUCAUUUGAAGUUAGUCUUCAUAGUACUGCAAAAUUUCAUCGCAGCAAAUAUAGAUGAUCUUGUAACUUGGUUAACAAAUAAUGCAAGGUGAUUAUGGUGAAGCAAGUAUUUUGUGAGUCUAAAUAUUUGUCUUGUAAUUUAUGUUAUGACCUCAGGCAUUCAUAUACUCGGUAUGUAACUUAAUUGACCAUUGUUCUGUUGUACAUAAUACUGUCAUAAUAAAAUAGAACAAAGCUGCUUGCCUAAUAUGUGCUACCUGCAUAUGUACAAAUAAUUGUUUUAAUGUACUCAAAAUCUCAAGAGAGGAUACAUGCACAUGUGCGUAUUAGAAGAAGUAAAAAGAGAUUAAUUUUAUUGAACCUGAAUUGAGCUAAAAAAAGGCUUAGUAAUCAACAAAUCAUUAGUGUGAAAACAUCAGCAUGUACAGUCAGGGGCUAAAUUGGUCAAGUACCAUAGUUAACCAUAGUUGGACUAACUCUGAUUGAACGCACGCUAGUUGACAAUGGUUGGAUUAUUCUAGUCCAUUAUUUGCGACCAGCCUUUCGAGGUAGGUCACAUUGUUGGUUGCUGUAAACCAUUUUUAAUAGCACAGUAUACAGAGGACCAGUUACAAGAAAAGUACCAGAAAAACAGUAUGUCACCAGUAAACAACCAUUUUCACUUCAAUUUUUGCUAUUUUACCCUCCCUGCGGGCACCUUUUUUCCCUGAAAACGCUUGACUAGGGUUGUUCGCACUUCGACUUUACUGCACACGAGCUUGGUAUGUCAUGAACCAGCCACUAGUGAACUAGUGGUCCUUUAUGGAGCUUGCCCCAGUAUUGAGUUGCUGACUGCUGUGAUGUAUGAUGAUGGCAGUGUUUAAUUCUGUCAGAGGAUAUAGCAUUUAAAAAGAUGAGGCAUGUACUUUUCGGGUGUUAAAAACAAUGUUCAACUACACAGAAGUCAAGAGUUAUUUCUCUUGGGAAUUAUUGUUAAUUUCUACUUUCAAGCUCGAUAAGCAGCUUCAAAAACAGAAGUCUGUAUUAAUGUCAACCUAUUAGGGAUAUUGCAUGUAUCUGUUGCAGUGACUGUCUUGAAGCAGGAGCUCAUUAUCAAUAGUCUUGGUACUAAGAGUUUGUUACUGUACAUAAAUGAUGUCAUGCAAGAUGGUACAGAAAUGACUGUAUUGGUUUUAUGCAUAUACGUGUUAUGUCAUAAAUACACCAACAUAUAUAAGUACAUGUACGUACAUGUAUAGAGUAUGUCUUUGUGCUAUGACAUCAUAUGAAGAAAUUAUCGUAUGCAAGACAGAGGAACCAUCGUACAUUAUACUUGGCACACAGAAGAUAUGAUAAAUUUUUUACACUGUAAAUGUACAUGUAUUUCAUUUCUUGGAAAGUUCUGGAAUAUGAGAUGGAUCGGUUCUUAUUACUUCCAGAGCCACCAAGAAUUAAAAAAAAAUUGUAAUUUUAUUAAUACAAUGUUACUCAUUGUAUUUGGACUUGAAAAAUCUUUAUGACCUUGUUUAUUUUGGUUAAAUGGAUGUGCAAGAAAAAUAUCCCAUUACAACUGGGGCAUAUAUAUGUAUAGUGCAUGGAUACUGGUGCUAUAGUUGACGUGUGGUUAUAUUUUCACAAGAGGAUUGCAGUUUUUGCUGGUGUGCUGUAUGUUUGCUUACUGUUGUGUAUAAUGUCAGAAAAGCUAUUCAAAUUUUAAAUAAUGUAUUCAAAUUCAAAAGUACUUAUCUGAUUUUAUUUUGCACAGUGAAAAUGCAACUCUAGAGGAAGUUUUGAAAAUGACCAUAUGGCUCUGAUAUGACUUCUUACUCUUCGUGUUAGGAAUUCCAAACAAGUUCCUUUAUCUUCAAUAUAUUUUUAUCAGAGUCAUUUAAGCAGUGUAUUCUCUAAGACACUUAAGCCUGGUUACCAUAUGGUUGGUUGUAAAGUACAGGCGUGCAAGAUGUGAAGACACGAACGGAAGAGACAGUGCUUUACAUAAAGAGUGUAAUAUUUGAGCAUUGAGGAGAAAAUGAGCAAAAUUUGUGGAACUAAGCAAGAGGGACAUCGUUGCACGCCGGCCAUGCCAGCGUGUGUGUUUGUAUGGUGAUGCCACAGCUACUUGAUGCAGUCGGCAACGUUGAACCUGGCUCAACUUUGCCGAUCGUUCGUGAGUUGGUUUGCGUUUGUCUGCGUUGUUGGCAACCCCUCUGUUUGGCAUGUUUCCAUAAGUCUGUGUUGCAGUUUAAGUCUUGAUUGCAUUGCUAUCUGAGUUUCAUAUGUCGAUGUGGAAACCAGGCUUUAUAUGUACACAGUCAGGAAAUCUGUUGCAGGAAUAAAGAGCAGAUACUGUCUGCCCAUGUAGCACUGCUGUAAUCACAUAAGACUCUAACAAGUUCUGUUACAGCAAAUGCAGCAUGUACUUUUAUUCUGUAAUGUACCAAUCAUUAAGCCCUGCUUACUGUGCACAAUGCACAUAAAUACACCACUCAAGAGACACUUUGGAACUUUUGAGUCAUGGGUAAAUGCACACAUGUAGAAGUUCAGUUGGCCAACUGAUUUAGCAGUCAUGGCAGUCUCACUCAAAACAUGCUAAAGGGUGUAAUUGAUCCAUCUUCAACAACAACAAGCAAUUAACCGGGUUUAGGUACACUCUAUGUCCCAAAAUUGACUUGGACUUCCAACUGACACAGAUUCAGUGGUCUUUAUUGUAGUCAGUGUAAGCUUAUUAUAUAAAAAGCAAGCUCCUACCUCACAGUUAGCCCGUGGCAGUGGCUGACAGAACACACAUGCAUCUUUAGGAAAUAAAGCCACUAGUUGACGGCUUCCACUGGUGCAUAUGAUACUGAGCUGACGGUAAGCUUCCACUGUGCUUGUGUUAUCGAGCUGAUGGCUUCCAUAGGUGCAUGUAUACCAGGCAAGAUAUGGGAUGGAGGGGUACCCCCCUUACAUGUCAAAUCCCUAUACACACUCUAGACUAUUG